AGAGUAUAUAAGGCGCUGCAGGUCUUGGGAUCCUCACAGUUGACCUGAGCUCUUCAUCCUCGAAACAUGUAUUCGUACGUAGUGCUUCUCUCGCUGGUGUCGGCCGCCGUGUGCGCGCCCCAGAGUUACAACCGCCAACGUCAGUCUGGCCCCUUCGAAAUCAUCCCAAUAAUCAGCGAGCGGAGCAGCGGCCCCCUCAACGGCGCCUACAACUUCGAGUUCCAAACCGGCAACGGCAUCCGACGAAACGAACAGGGCAGCCCGUCGGGACCUAACGGAGCUGUUGUUUCUCAGGGAGGAUGGGCCUUCACGUUCCCGGACGGCACUCCGGCUCAGUUCAGCUUCGUGGCGGACGAAGGAGGCUACCGCGUGGAGUCCCCACUGUUGCCCAAACCUCACCCCCUGCCUCGCCACGCCAUCGAGCAGAUCGAGAGGGCAGCGCGCGAGAGGGCGCAGGGCAUCGUGCAUGACGGCCAGUACGACCCCAGCAGAUACGGCGGCGGACAGGUCCGGAGAGGCGGACAGACGCAGGGAGGCAGGCGUCGGUUCAAUUAAAAGCUCUCAUGAGGUCCAGUUUCACGGGUUGAAUUCUAUCGAAAUACGCCAACCGUUACGAGGAAAAUAGAAGCGGCUAAAAAAUGUGAUAACUAGAGUAAAAAUUAAAUAUGAGUGAUAAUGUCAGAUAUUGAACUUUUGAAUAAUUUGAGUGCAACGUGAAACACAUGUAAAUAGCAUUUGAAGCGACGAGCUUGACUUACUCACACGCUCAAUGAUCAGUACAUAUUCAGUCCAAAUUUCGAUCUAAGGAGGUUGUAAUUAAUCCAACUUACAAAAAUCAAGUUUUAAUAAAUGAAUGCGUCAAUAAUUUUUUGAAAUUCAGUGCUAUACAAACGAUGCAUGAGAAACACGUUGCCAUUAUUUAAAGGCUGCUUUCAGUUUAUGCUGUCAACAAUUUUAUAAAAAUAAGACGAAAA